CGAUGGAGUCUAGGGUCUCGAGACACCGCACUGGUCCGUUUUAUUUUCAGUCCGGCUCUAGAAAUUGGUCGCGUCAGUUCGCUUGGUCGUCGUCCGCCCGGAUUCCGAAUCACCUUCAUUACUUUUUGUGAGCUCAUUUGACAGGCAACGGUAUCCGUGUUCUCUGACACUUGUGAAGCACUACAUACGCGUCUUCAAUAUUCCCAGGAAAAUGAGCAACGCAGAGCAUCAGAAAAAGUUAAAUUUAGAGAAAGCCACCAACUUCAUGCGGCAGUACAGGGAUCCUAAUUCAAGGGAGCUGAAAAAGUUGUCUGCCAACCAGUUCAUGGAAGUUUGGAGCCAUUACGAUAAGGAUGGAAACGGGUACAUUGAGGGAACCGAACUGGAUGGAUUUCUAAGGGAAUUUGUCUCCAGUGCCAACGCGACAGAUGUAGGACCGGAGGCAGUAUCGGAUGAUAUGUUGGUGGAGCUAAAGGCUUGUUUCAUGGAAGCUUAUGACGACAAUCAAGACGGUAAAAUAGAUAUACGUGAGCUAGCUCAGCUACUACCGAUGGAGGAGAACUUUCUAUUAUUAUUUAGAUUUGAUAACCCUCUAGAGUCGAGCGUCGAGUUUAUGAAGAUUUGGAGGGAAUACGACACCGACGGGAGCGGAUAUAUAGAGGCGGACGAGCUUAAGAACUUCUUAAGAGAUCUUCUCAAGGAAGCGAAGAAAAUAAACGACGUCUCCGAAGACAAACUCAUCGAGUAUACCGACACGAUGCUUCAAGUUUUCGACGCAAACAAGGACGGCCGUUUGCAGCUUUCCGAAAUGGCAAAAUUGCUUCCCGUUAAGGAAAAUUUCCUUUGCCGACAAGUCUUCAAGGGAGCCACCAAGCUAACCAAGGACGACAUUGAAAGGGUUUUCGCACUUUACGACAGGGACAACAACGGCACCAUCGAAAACGAAGAACUCCGAGGGUUCCUGAAGGACUUGCUGGAACUCGUAAAAAAGGAUUACGAUGCGCAGGAUUUGCAGGAAUUCGAGGAGACGAUACUGCGCGGCGUCGACUACAAUCAGGACGGCAAAAUCAACAAGAAGGAACUGACGAUGAUCCUGCUUGCAAUCGCCAAGCACAAUCAGGAAGAGGAACCCGCACCGUAAUCGGACACUUGUUGAAAUGAAAUAAAAAAAAAUCUAAUCGCACUCGUUUAAAGUUGCCAAUUUAUCAACGUUAAUAUAGCACAAAUUUUAAUGACUACGUGGAAAGCGUUUAACGGUAAUUUUUGGAGUUUAUUAUUACAAAAAAUGAAGGGGAAAUUAUGGAACUUCGGUUUUACCAUUCAAAAGAAACAAAUUCAUAUCACAACAUAAUAGUUGAAUAGUUAUUUCGGAUGAUAAACUAUAUUUAUAAAAUAAUUUGCAAGUUCAGGGUUGCCAGAUCUACCGAAUGGCAACAUUGGAAUUGGAAUUGGAAUCUCAAAUAGAACACCCAGUAUAUUCGUACAUUUUUGGAUUCUUCUUAAAAUUCUUGAUAUUUUUCAUUUAGCACCUUCUGUAUGAAAUUUCAACAGUUGGUGGACGUUAUCCAAAUUUGACAGCCCACAAAAUCUACACGGCUAAAAUUAAAAAAAAAACGGCUUACACAUUGCUUGGUUUUUUCUACGCUUAUGACAUCAUUUAAAAAUUUGACAGAUUUAAUAGCAUAUGAAAAACUAAUAUGAAAAUGUGGUCUAAUUUGGGAACUGUCACUUUUCAAUAUCUCGAAAAGAGUUGAAAUUAAGAAUAUCCAAUCCAAAAAUGUACUAAUAUAAUAGGUGUUCUAUUUGAAUUUCCUUUUGGUUUUGCGAUAGCUGUACUAGCUAAAAUUUUUUUAAAAUAUAGUUUAAAACCUGUUAUGGCCAGUUUCCUUUUUUAGUUCUGCAGAGCUUUUGAUAGGCCACUCAACAUGAGUCACCCUGUAUAGAAAAACACAGAAAACAGCAAAGUUGUUGGCAAUGUAGUUUCAUUUUUUUUAAUUAUUUAAUUAUUCCAAUUUCGCUGUUUUUACAGCAAAUGAAUUGGAAUUGGAAGUUAAAUCAAAUUAUUUUAAAAAAAGGUCAAUCAGAGUUCUCAUCUUUGUAACCAACAAUUAAUAUUUUCAACAAACAAUAAAGAAUAGCGUUAAACAUUAAAAAAGAAAACACACUGAUUGAAAAUCUCAAAUAUUUUUGGGAUAUCCAUCUUAUUGAUUGAAAAUUAUAUGUUUGGUAAACAUCUCUAUUAAUGCAUUUAAAUAUUUGUUUGGAGGUUUAUAUAAGUUUCCGGAAUUCUUCCUGUUCUUUGACAUUUAAUUUUAAGCAGUUUGAUAGAAUUGCAGAAUAUAUUUUUUUAUAUACUGAAACGAUGUUCCAAAAGAAAUUAUUUGCAUUUAAAAUAUUCAAAUGAACAAUUUCAGAAUUUCCUCAAUACUAUUGUUAAAACUACGCUGCUAUAUGAAAUAGGUGAUAAAUUGUGGAAAUUUUACAGCUAGCAAAAAUAACGAAUACUCCAAGAAUGACAUAAACGAAAAAUUUUUAAUAUAUUAAUGUUAGUAUCUAUAGGUACUUGAACACCAAACUCGAAUAACAAAAAAUCCUAGAUUAAUGUUGAUGUUUCCAUCGUACCAUGUUCCUUGUAAGAUGAUCAUUAAACGUAAUUCAAAGGUAGAUGAUAAUUUUUAAGGAAGCAUAAUUGAUUGUUUGGGCAAAUAUCUGCGGCAGUGUUUUGAUAUGUUCUCGUUGCCUGGACUUUGAUUAUUUUGGUAUGAAAUGUAGCAAAUUGAUAACCAACAUUUUGCUGCUCAAAAUGUCAAUCCAUAUCUGCAAAAUGGCACAUUUUUUUGGAAGAUUUUUAAAUUAUUUACUUUUUUUAUACAAUUUUGUUCAUCGAACUCGAAACUGCAAAAUACAGGGUGCACAACGCUUUCGUCGGAUAUAAAAGUUUGACUUACUGCUUUUACAUUUUGAUGGCAAGUAAGUUUCUUUUCACUUGUAGCGGUCAUGCUACCUUUUCCCUAUUUUAAUUUGACUCAUUCAGAUCGCAUUAUUAUUUAAUAUUGUAUUGAAAAAAUGUUUUUAAUUAAUAGGGUUGUGUUCUAAUUGACUUUUCAGUACCUAAUUUCUGAUUAUUUCUUUUUUCGGAACCCACCUGCGAAAUAUUCUAGAAAAUAUACAGAAAAAUAUCGGCCGGCUUAUAAAAUAUACAAAUCCCAAAGACUCGCGCCAAUUAGCGUCCGCAUAAGUCGCGAAAAAUUAAAGUUCUCGCUGCUAAUUUGAAUUUAAAACAGUUUCCGUGUAGAUGCACACCUUAAAUGACAAAAUCCGAACCUUCUUCCCGUGAUUACGUUAUGAAUAUUUCAGCGUUUUAAUUUUGAUGAAGGCGAAAAGAAAAAUUUUAAGUGAAACGUUUCCAAAAAAUUCGGCGAGAAAACAAAAGUAAUUAGUUUUCAAAAAAUUAUUUCACUUUGGAAAAUGAGGUGUCGGGUGUGAUAAGGGGACGCUCGAAGACGGUUCCCGCGUUCACGGGCGCCCUUUUGAUUAACUCUAAUUGUCGGAAUUAUUCCGGGAACGUUUGUUGCGAGAAAUUGGAUAUUUUAGACAGUUAAAUUGGGCUUCGUGCGUCUUUAUCCGAUUUUAAGACGACAUAACAGUAGAAUCUCGAUUAUCCGGGCCAGCCGGGACCGAGCCUUCGCCGGAUAAUCGAAAACACGUAUAAUCCAAGGACCCUUUUUUAUUAUGUAUUUUUUAAAAUUUAUUUAGAUAUAUACAUGUGUCGAACAAAGAGAACAAACAUAAUACAAGAUACAA